AUUUUGGGCUGGUCAGAUGUGAAUGUUGACACAAACAUAUUCUUCUCACGGAGAGUUGUAUAAAGCGUCUUGCAUGUGACAACAAGUUUUACACAGCACGGGUUAUGUACCGUUUGGUAAUCUGAUUGCCUCCAUGUGUCGUGAUUUAGCAGCAGGGAGACCUAGGGAGUGUAUUAGGCCAGUUUCAUAGAAUGGGGGGCUCUCCAAGCUGCCAGGUGGCUGCAGUUGACAUGGAAGGUCCAGAAGCAAUGAUGGUGAAAGAGAAAGUUCAGAACAACUGUGUGAUGAUUUUCUCGAAAACUUAUUGUCCUUAUUGCAAGAUGGCCAAGAAGGCUUUCAAAGACCUUGGUGUGCCCUAUGAUGUCUAUGAGUUGGACAAACAGGGAGAUGGUUUGAAAGUUCAGGAUGUAUUGGACAGCAUGACAGGAUGUAGAACAGUUCCUCGAGUGUUUGUUGGUGGCAAGUGUAUUGGUGGAGGGAGUGAAACAAGGCAACUAUAUAAUGAGGGUAAGUUGCUAGACUUGGUGAAGCAGUGUCAAGAAAGCUGAUACUAGGUUUGAUCACCUUAGAAUUUCAAAUGACAUACCGGUAACUGUGCUGCCAAUGCAAGCUGACAUGACUUUCACAGUCCCUAUGUAAGAAUUUUCCCCUAAAGUAGCAAUUGUUCUCUUUAUUUUUGUAUGGCAUGAUAAUUAUUGAAAGAAAAGUUUGUGUGUUCCUGAUUUCAUUACUUUGAAAACUGCAUUACAUUUGCACAAAUUCUAGAUGGGGAAAAAAUCACAGUAUAUCAUGUAGAAAGAUCUUGUUGAAUACAAGUCAUAUAGUAAUUUUGUCUUAUUUUAUGAUACUUAAAUAUACCAUUUUGAGGAAAUUGUAACAUUGUGGCAAUCUACUUGUUGAAAAUUUAUAAUGAAGGCAAUGUAUUAAUGUUAACUACUCAUAAUACAUACAUUAUACAACUAAUUAAUGAGGGAUGAUAUUGAGUGGAUAUUAUUCUAUCAGAAUGUUUGUGUUCUAUGUAUAUAGAGUGAAAAUAUUAAACUCCAGAGACAAAAUGUUAGCUUUGAUGGUUACUGGUUAAUAAAUUAUGAAAUUUGCUUAAUUGUUCAGUAAUUUGUGUAGCUAAAUCUUGAUUUCUAUUCAAAUAGUAUGUCAUUUAGUUUCAAAUGUACAUAUAUGUAUAUGAUAAAUGAAUGCAUUGCUCAUUCCUUCCAUAAAUUAUUGAUGUUUCAGUUGCUGUUUAAUGUUUAGUGUAAUGACAAGAAGUUCAUGGAAGUGGUAGACAUUACAUCUCAUAGUAGAGAGUUGCUGAUGGCUGCCUAAUAAUUAGUAAUGUUUAAUGAUCAGCUAUUAAAUCAUCAUUGCUUCAGUAAGCUGUCUGGUAGUAGUACUUACUUUUUUGGGUACUUUUUGCAUUGUUCCAAUAUUAAACUGUCUCAUUAACUUGGUGAUGUUAGCAACAUUCAUUUAAUGUAUUCCUUAAUUAAGUUUUCUUAUCUCAAUAUUCCUCACCUUAUUUCUCUUUAUAUCCACUUCACACUAACCUCAUCUUGCUGCACCAGUCUAUUACUGCUUCUGGAAACACCAAAUUGGCUUUCUGGUGGAACAAGGGAAUAAAUAAAACAGCUCUAUAUUAUCCAAAA